AUAACAUAAAAAUGUAUUUACAAGUGUUAUCAAAACAAAGUAGAACAUCUUUCCAACAUAAUGAAAUUUGAGAGCACAAAUGAUCAAUUAUAUAAGUAUACAAAUGUGCCAAAAUAAUUUUGUAAAGUGACAGUGCCGAAAUUUCCAAAGUGAUUCCGCCAUGACUGGAAUGUGACGUCAUCGAAUGUUCUGCGCAUGUCCUUUAUGCACUUCCGCGUUCCUCUCAUAGCAACAGCAGCAGAGCCAAGAUGGCGUCCGGCGGAGAUCCUGUGUGACACCGAACCGAGUCGCAGCACCGAAACUGCGGUUCCCCCGACACCGGCAGCAGCGCGAUGGCCUCCGCUCACGGGCGACUGGGCCUGCAGAUUGUGGCCGUGUUGGAUGUGGCUCUACGGGUUCCGAGCAUCUUUAUAAUUGACGCCAUCUUUAACUCGCACUCUGAUCCCGGUACCGGAUGGAGCGGAACCGCCGGGAGAGUGUUCAUCCGCGCACUAGGUGUUGCGGUGUCCGGUGUGGUUCUGGUCCUGUCCCAGAAGUCCCUGUUCAAGUUCUACACUCUAUUCUUGGCGGUUCUGCUGGGCGCCGCAUCGGUUCUUGUGAAUUAUUAUGGCACAACUCACAUCGACUUCUACAGCACUUACAAUAAAGCCGCACUCGGUUUCGGGCUGCUUCCCCGUAACGGCCCCACGCUGUGGCUCGGCCUCGCGGUCCUGCAGCUGCUGUUUGGGUUGGGCUACGUGGUGCUGCUCAACGUGCAGUCCGUCUGCGCCGCCCUGGUGGUGCUGGACAUCAUGAUUCCCCUGCUAGGGCUCAUCAUGGACCUUCCGCUAGAUGUCAGGCAGCUGGUCGGCGUGGUGUCGGGAACGUUUCUGGCCGUGCACGCGGCCGUGAGUCUCCUGCUGAAACUCAAGUGGUUUUACUACUCGUGCCGCUACGUGUACCUGCUGCUGCGGCACAUGUACAGAAUCUACGGCCUGCAGCUGCUGCUCGAGGACACGUGGAAGCGCAUCCGCUUCCCGGACAUCCUGCGCGUGUUCUGGCUGACGCGCAUGACGGCGCAGGCCGUGAUCCUGGUCUAUGUGGUGCGGGUGGUGCGCACCGAGAGCAGACUGCAGAUGACCUGGGACGUGUUCUGGGAAUUAUUCAGCAACCUGAUCAUCAGCGGCUGCGACUCCAUGCUAACCGUGCUGGGCAUGAGCGUCAUCUCCUCCAUGGCUCACUACCUGGGAUUGAGUAUCCUCGCCUUCAUCGGCUCCACUGAGGAAGAGGAUAAGAGGCUGGGGUUCGUCGCGCCGGUUCUGUUCUUCAUCCUGGCCUUGCAGACGGGUCUAAGCGGGCUGCUUCCCGAGGAGCGCUUGGUUCGGCUCAGCAGGAACAUGUGCCUUUUGCUAACAGCUAUUUUGCAUUUCAUCCACGGCAUGACGGACCCGGUGCUCAUGUCAUUGAGUGCAUCGCAUGUUUCGUCAGUCCGCAGACACGUACCCGUGCUGCUGGUGUCGCUGGUCCUCUUUGUGUUGCCCAUCCUGCUCAGUUACCAGCUUUGGCAUCGUAACGACCUCAACACCUGGCUCUUCGCCGUCACCGCGUUCUGUGUCGAGCUCUGCCUGAAGGUCCUGGUGUCUCUCACCGUAUACACGCUCUUCAUGAUCGACGGCUUCUAUAAUGUGCUCUGGGAGAAGCUUGAUGACUACGUCUACUACGUCCGCUCCUCCGGUAAUGUCAUCGAGUUCAUCUUCGGCGUGAUCAUGUUCGGAAACGGCGCGUACACGAUGGUGUUCGAGGCGGGCAGCAAAAUCCGCGCCUGCAUGAUGUGCCUUCACGCGUACUUCAACAUCUACCUGCAGGCCAAGAACGGCUGGAAGACCUUCAUCAACCGGCGCACGGCCGUCAAGAAGAUCAACUCUCUUCCUGAGGUCAAAGGAGCACAGCUCCGAGACAUCGAGGAUGUUUGCGCCAUCUGCUACCAAGAGUUCGCCUCGUCCGCGCGCAUCACGCCCUGCCACCAUUACUUCCACGCGCUCUGCUUGCGCAAGUGGCUGUACAUCCAGGACACGUGUCCCAUGUGCCACCAGCGCGUCUACAUCGAGGAGGAUGGCCACGAGCAUGCGCCGUUCUCCAACAACAACGGAUACGCGCCUCAGGAGCAGGCGGAGUUUGAGGAGAGGGGCGGGGCCGAGGCAGGUGCAGCGGGAGGGGCGGAGCCUGAUAAUGAGCUCCUGGAGGACAAUGACAGUAUCGAGUAUGAUGAAGAGGAGUGGGGAACGCAGCCUGGUGUAGCGCUGAUAGAAGAAGAGGAUUAUAGGAACAAUGAUACAGACUCCAAUUGAGCGAGUGUCAGCACAGAUAUUUAAGUUAACAAGCGUUUGCAAGAUCAGGGAUGUUAUUUCUCUCUCCUGAUGUUUUAUUUGGUUCCUCUGUGGUCGUAAAAGGGCUGAUCACGGGGUUGAAGUGUUUGUCUGGACUAUAUGCUACUGUAAUCGCAGUAUACCUCGAUAUGAUCACUACUGGUCUCUUGUGUGACCUUAUAAUUGUGUACAUUAUUGUACAUGUAAUAAAGAACGAUUCAGUGUCCUAAACCAACGUACAGAGACUGAAUGACGGGUUUAGCAGUCUAUCGGGCCGCGCAUUACGUCUCUUCAGUAUCUGAUAUUAUCAUGUACUCUUGCUUUUUAACCCUGGCACACAUUUUACAAUGCAAAUAACAUGUUUGGCCAAAAAACUGCAUUUGAUUUGCAUCUGUCUCUUGUCCUGAGUGCAGCUACAGCUCGGACUGCAGUAACCGAUGUGCUCUUUUAAUAGACCUGAUGUACAAGUAAUCAGAUUUAGUUCCUGUAAAUAAAAUUUGUAGCUAAAGUUCUCUGAAGUCAUCUGGAACUUUUGCACUUGACC